AUUAGAAGUGUAAAAAGACGAAAGAAUGAGAAACGUAGAAAAAAACAGGAAUUGAAUUUGACAAAACUGAGAAUAGGGAUUUGAGAAAUUAGACUGAGAUGGUACCGACACGGAAGAGAAUGGAAAUGAAAGAGCUUGUUAGAUGGGCAAUGGAGCGUAAGGGACCUGAAACAAGGAGUAGGGGUCGACCAAGAAAACGAUGGGUGGAUUGUGUUCGGGAUGACGAGAGAGUGAGCAUUUGGACAAAGUCAACGACAGAGUAGAGUGGAGUAAGAUGUCGAGACAACCCGAACCCCUUUUAGGGGACAACGGGAUGAUGAUGAUGAAUUGUGACAAAAACGACAAAUCAUGUACCGUUUCUAUGAUAGCCAUAGUCAAUAAAGCUCUCUAAAUACUGUUUUCGUAAAGCUUGUGUAUUCAUUGAUAUAUACUUACUUACAGAUCUAUUUUGCCACGCUGACCAUACACAACAUGUUGGUUUUCAUUUUUAUAACAUGAAAUCACAAAUAAUGCUCGUAACUUCUAUCAAUUUGUAUUAAUAUUGCUUUUUAUUGUUUUGUAAGAACUUUAUAAUGUCUACGCAGGUUUGUGGUGUUCUUCCUCGACGACGUUAUACAGCUAUCAGUGUAAUAAACGGCGCCAUUGAUUCUUCUGCAAUCAUGCUACUAAUAUUUAAGGUAUACUGUGCUGACGUAGUGAUUAAAAUAAUAACGAGGUUUAGAUUUGACUUUCCUUACCGAUACCAUUACCUCUAACUGGCUUAGUAUACACAUCUUAUUCUGAUUAGUUAAUCGGAUACAUCGAACGCAUAUGAUUGCUUAGUACUCCCUUAAAGUGUAUAUGACAUGAAAUUUCUUAUUUUCUUAAAUGUAAGAACUCUUUAAGUGGUAGUAUAACUUAUUUUCCAGUUUCUUGUUUUUUAUGGUUUGUCCCGGAGAUAUUUCAAUUUGCUUGACAUGUAAAUGAGUGUGAAUAUGUCCGCUAAUUUAUAACGUCAAGUUGGUUGCAGGCUUAAUACACUGGUUAUAAAUGUAUUAAAUCUAAAAACUGUUGAUAUAUAUCAGUUAACGUUUUUCUCCAGUGUUUUAUCACAUUUACGAGUAAGUGAAGUUUGAAAUUAUCAUCUUGGAAAGCCAUUUUGAAAAGCUUGCACCCAACAUGAGGUCAUAAAUUAGCGGACAUAUUCACACUCAUUGCUCUCAUUUACAUAUCAAACAAAUUGAAAUAUCUCUGGAACAAACAAUAAAAACAAGAAACUAAAAAAUAAGUUUCACUACAGCUUAAAGAGUUAUUUCAUUUAAUAAAAUAAGAAAUUUCAUUUCAUAUAAACUUUAAUGGUACCGAAAGUCAAAUCUGAACAUCUCUUAAUGCAUGGAACCUUUGUCAGGGCCAUUUGUAUUAGUUGCCAUGCGCAAACAAUGUAAGUAAUUAAAACAAUGUAAUUAAAAACAAUGUAAGUAAUGUAAGUAAUGUAAGUAAUCGUGUUGCUACUCUUUAUAGUAUAGUUGCCUCGAUGCCCGGCAAGCAGAAAAAUUGCUUGAUCGAAUCGAACCCGCGACCUUUGCUUGCUCGUCCAUAGACUUGGUUCAGGUCCGUCUCUCAAGGGGCUGAAUAUAGCGAAUUAGCGAUGCACGCGAACGGUGAAAUAGGCGCAAAGAUAUAUAUAUAUAUAUGAGAGAAAAGUAGGGAGAGACGUACUUAGGACAUUUGCAAGCGGCCAAAAUUUACCGUCGGAUUUUUCCUACGGAGUCGUGGCUUGGGAGUUGAGAACAUCAACACAUUUUCGCCCAAUGUUCUAUCAACCGAGGUUACGCUAUCAAGUCGGUUUGAGUAGAUAUAUGGAGUAGGACUAGCAAGGCAAAGAUCGAGGAUCCGAUUUUUCAACUUGACAGGCGUGGUGGCCGCACUUGAAUAGCGCCAUGUGAAAUGUAAAAGUUGUUCAUUUUCUUUCGUUACUUCUUCCAGUUAUGUUAUAAUUCUGGGAUUCCAUUCAAAACUAUCAUCAUCGUUUACUAUUCCUUUGUCUUUGGACAUGGAUUGUUGUUUACGUUUACGAUAUUUCCCAAAAAUCUACCAGAUAGCACUAAUACAGAUAUUGGCAAUGGCAGAAGUAAUGAAGAAGAUUCUAACUCAAGUAAUUGUAACACUGGCUUAAAAACUGACACAGAUGGACAAUUGAAAAACGAAAAAGUAUUUAUCAAGUCUGGCGAAGGUAAGGAAAACAACUCAGAGAAUAUUCGAAUACAAGAAAAAAGUCAUGAUCGGCAUUACGCUUUGCAAAAAGAAUUCGUGCAUGACACAGUAAAAUAAUCAAUAUCAACCCUGGGCCUACAACUUGGAGAUUUAAAUAAAAUACAUUUCUGAAAUGGUGUGGAAUGACUGCUGCUUCCUGGGAAGAAAACUGCGUUUUUGGCAACAAUGUUUUGUAGUUUCUUCAGCAAAGUAAGAAAAGUGUAGAGCUGUUUGUUCAAAUAAGUGAGUGAGCCGUGUAUCUUAAGGUGGCUCGCUACAGUUUAUAGAAAUGUUGAAAAUGCGUAAACUAGAUCACCUUUUUGAAGAGAUGAUGCUCUUUACAAAUCGAAAUUUGUAUAUUAUAUAUACAGCGACAAUCAAACAGUCAAAAAUUGGUCAGAAAAGUGACGUCACCACUGUUGCUAUGGCAACAAUGAUGAUUCAAGAUGGCCGAUAUUUUGGCUUUGAACGCAUUUUACUUUAAAAAGAUCGGUUACCCCCAUUUUUUAUUACAGAAAACAUUUUCUUAUAGUACAAUGCACUAUCUGACCAAUUUUAAAAAAAUUCUGUAUUGCCAAAUUUUUAAAAAAAUUAUAAACAUGGUUUUUCGAAAUAAAUUUUUUUUUGCAUGACAGAAUUUUUUUAAAAUUGGUCAGAUAGUGCAUUGCACUAGAAGAAAAUGUUUUCGGAAAUAAAAAAUGGGGGUAACCGACCUUUUUUAAAGUGUAAAAUGCGUUCAAAGCCAAAAUAUCGGCCAUCUUGAAUCGUCAUUGUUGCCAUAGCAACAGUGGUGACGUCAAUUUUCUGACCAAUUUUCGACUGUUUGAUUGUCGCUGUAUGUAUAAUAUACAAAUUUCAAUUUGUAAAGAGCAUCAUCUCUUCAAAAAGGUGAUCUGGUUUAUGCAUUUUCAACAUUUCUAUAAACUGUAGCGAGCCACCUUAAUCUUUGAAUCACGAUUUGAUUGAUCUAGCUUGAAACACGCUGCAAUAAAAGAACGGUAUAUGCCAGUGGUGCCAAUGAUAGCAAAUAUUAGCGAUUCAACUAUUCCUGAAAAUACAAGAAUUUCGAAGUGCCUUCGCUUAACACGUCGAAGUUCUCCUUGUAUUCAUCAGGUAGUUGCGUCCCUAGAUAUAGCUAUAUCAACCGAAUAUUAGAAAGGAAUAUACAGUAAAUAUAUCGCUCGGACUUUCGCUGUUUAAGUACCAGUUAUGUUUAUACUAUACUUACAGUUUUUUAACUUUAUUUUCCCGUAGGAAGGAUAAGCCUUCUCUCAAUAAUCAGAGGUCCAACGUUCAUCAUCCACACAUGUUUCGUUUCGAUUUCGACUUUACGGUCUUUCAUUUUCACUGGAACGGUCAACACGUUGUUGAAACGUCUCACAAAUGACAAAGAAAAAGGUGUGUAGAAAAACCUAUUUUGCUGAAUGUCUGUUUGUGGUAUGUGGUCGGCGCAUUAGUCUCGCACCUACGCGAGCAAGUUCGUGAUGGCCCAUGUAUAGAAAUAAUAGAUAUAGAAUGCAUAUCUGAUUACAAAGAGGUCUCCACUUUUCUCAUGAUCCGCCAUAUUGAAUUAUAGGAGUGAGAAUUACUCACAUUGUACAUAUACGCUAUCAAUUUUGUAUCAUCCAAGUUUCUUAUUUGAGAGAGUAGUGCCAUCCUUUCCACCAAAUAGGUACAUUAUGCAAUACCCAUAUUAUACAUCUUUCAUUUUUAGUGGAUUUCUAUCUUACAAUACUUGGAUUGAUUCAAUUUACUGGCAUAGUUCUGGCCUUUGUUCCUGGCUUUCUCCUUGACUGGUAUCCUGCUGGUAGACAUCGCAACUUUUCAAUCAUUUUAUCUUUUGUUCUCACGGGAUUAAUUUCAAUCCUGGUGACAGUUGGUUUUCUAAUUCCAGUUCUCGAAUUACAGGUAAAGUUCAACUCUACUAUUCUGUCAAUAAGAAUAUUGGGAACAGCCACAGCUAAGAACUGUUAUUAUAUAUUGUAGUCACUACGUGCCUUCUAAUUGGCAAACAUGAAAAUGACGCUGCCUGCACAAAACGAGUCACGUGAAGGUUGAGCCCGCGAUUUUGGCCCAAAGCGGUAUCAUUUCAGCUCGAGCGCAACGAGAGUUAAAAUGAGUUCUGAGAAUGGCCGAAAACACAUUUAUGCCCGAUAUAAUGAUUUUACACAGGGCGAAUACAGCACAAACGACAACAAAAUAGACAGAAAACUCUAAACCGUUCUCAAAAGAGAAAAACAAUAGAAAAUCGUUUACUCAAUUUAUGAAGUGAUAGUUACAGUACUGUAUGUAUGAAAUUAAAGUUAGUUUCGUUCGCUAAAGACAAACAAAUAUGGAUAAACUCGCAUUCACACUGUGUAUUGAAUGGAUUCUAUGCAUUUCAUUUUGGAAACUUGUUAUCUCUUCUCUAUCUUUUUUUACAGUCAUUUCGUCGAUAAAUACUAUUAAAAAAACGCUUAUACCCAUGCAGAUCACCCUAAAACAUAAAAACGACUGUAAACAUUUAAGCAUGCAAUGUCAAAUAUGUAAUAUAUUCAUUUUAGCUCGCAAGUUACGCCACAUCGCUCGCUAAAGUUACUAUAAUUGUUUUGUUACUUAAAAUAUUUCGAGGACAAGGACAACGAUUUGUCUUAUUUUAAGUGUCGGAUUUAAGUGCGUGUCUGGUUCAUAACGUUUGAAGUGCUAGAUUUCAUUACAAAAGGGGCGAUAGUUUCCAUCCUUCUGUUUUAGUUUGACGCUGAUAUGUUUCUAAAUAACGCUGAUAUGUUUCUGAAUUAUACGUUUUCAAAAUAACGUAAUUGUCCCUAUUUUUCUAGAUUUUCAAUUUUUUUCUUUAUUCCCUGCUAAGAACAUUUCUGUAUUCCACUCACUCGUCUUUUAUUAUGAAAAAGUAAGUAAAGUUUACUUAUAUUCUUCAUUUGCUGUAAUACUUAACUUCUUCAUUCAAUAUAUAGUCUAGAAUAUUUUUUCAUGUAAAGAAUAUUUUUUCAUGUAAUUGUCUUUUUUUUUCAUGAAAUGCCUUUUGGAGAGAGUUUAAUAAUAAACACUGUACCGCAUUAUACCAUAUAUAUUAUAUAUCAUAUUGUAAGUGGCCUGGCCACAGGUGUUUGAAUGAAAAUGUAAAUGUCUUAACUAGCCAUUUCCCGGGUCUAGUCACGCGAAUUCCAAGUUGACGGGACAAUAAAACAUAUUUAACUAAAAGUUUAAUUAAUGUAAAAAGGAGAUAUUUCAUUUUUGGUCGUCUAAAAAUUGAUACUUGAUAGUAGAUACUUCUACUCUUUCACAUAUUUGACGCCUGUCACCAUAUAUUUUGUCCCUCCAAUCGAUUGGGAAAAGGGUAAUAAAUCACCUUUUAACAGUUUCAAAAUUUGAUUUCAGAAUAUUUAUAUUCAGAAUUUAUUUCAGUGGGUAUAGAGCUGAAUAGAUGCGCGCAAGGUAUGCAACUCCUCCCAAAUCAACCAUCGAAUUUGAACGAAUAUAAAACCGGAAAACAUUGGCGGUCGCCCCGCCCUUUGACCCCCCCCCCCCGCCCGCAUGAGCAGAACGGUGUUGACCGCCAUAACGUAACAGUCAUACAAAAGUACUAAUUAUAAUAUUUAAUUUUCCAUUCAGCUUUCCAUUAUAUCAUGCUGGUGCACUGGUUGGGUUUAGUUUAUUAAUCUCUGCUGUGGUUUCACUUUCUCAAAUUCCAAUAUUUGCUUUGAUGGACGGCCCUUAUAAAGGCGAUCCAACUUGGGUAUGAAUUCUGGUAUUGAUGUCGUAGUAGUAGCAGUAGUGACCUGAAGGCCUACCAUUGCAGUACCUGUCAGGUACGACUAAAAAUCGUGCAUUACCCUGACAUGAAUAUUUCAGUACAUGCCAACCGGCCGGUGUAUAAAAACGAAAUGCUGUUUUUUCCUGUUAUACUGACAUUACUACAUUGACAAAUAAAACCGUCUGACUAAUGGCGUGAGAUUGAACAAAAUACCCAUGGCCUAUAUUAUACAAAAAUUGGUAAUUUAAUUUAAUUUAAUUUAAUUUAUUAAACCAGGGUGACUGACAAUUUAUGAAAAUGAUUUUGCACACAGUUUUAACGAUGGCAUUUUCGUAAUUUAUGUGCCGUUUUGGGAUUAAACUUUCAUUUUGUAAUGUUUUGACUAAAAAAACGUGAAGCACACAAACCAACAGUGGCUCACAUUAUGAUAAAUGGCUCUUAUUAAUAAUCUUUGUGCUGCUUGAAUCUCUUGUCGUAAUUAAUUACCCUGAUUUUCUAUCAUUAAUAGACAGCAAUUUUAUUUACUCUUUAUAAAUAGGUCAAUGUUGGUUUGUUGGUAAUUCAAAUCCUGGUCAUGGUUCAUCCAGUGUAUCUUUGGAAAUGUUCAAAAUAUGAGAAGAAAUUUAGUAACAACACUUUAGAAAUGAUAAGCCCGCAGACUAAUCCUAACAAUAGUAACACACCUGAUCUCGAAUUUAGGACUGGAUGGAGCAUCUGCUAUGCAAAUGAAGCCAAUGGCUCCAAAAGUGCUAGUUUUCAUUACAAAAGGGGCGACA